GUUCUGCGCGUGCGGGGCGGGGCGGGUCGUGGGGGAACGGGAGCCUUGUGGCGGCGAGCCGUGUGCCUACCCUGGCAGUGCCGUGGUAGCGCUCCCACAAACGCUCCGACGCAGGGCGGCGUGCUGCCGGAGCUCUUGCUCGCUGGCAGGAAUCUGUUCUAAAAGCGCCUGGGCACGCGGAGUUGUUGCACGUGAACGUUUCGGUGACGCGUAUAGGUUUGAGGUCUGCCCGGCCGUGCUGCUCGCCCAGCUGCUGCACGCCUGCGUGCGUUUUCCACAGCGAAAAUCAGCCCGCGUCUCGGAACACCUCCAGGGUUCCCGGCGUUUGUCUCAAACUCGCUGUAUUUUUUCGGAGGGAAUCUUGUUUUUUGUAUUUUCUGUGGGGAAAAAAAGCAUCACGUAAGCUUUGAGAAGCACAGGGGCCACACAGAGUGGUGCACUGAGGAGACACAGAAAUGCUGUACGGGGCUUACAGAGUUUUUAGCGUUCUAAUAUCUAAAGGCUGAAGGGAACCUGGGUCCUGAUGUCCUGUAGCAGGGCAGCUGGAGGGGAAGCUCAGCUUUCCUCAAUAGAAAUAAUGAAGGGCCCGCAGAAGGGCAACACAGCUGUGAGCUGGAGCAGCUUGCUGUCCUUGGAAGAGCAGUGUGAUGGAUGUCCUGCGGCCCACCCUGGUCAGGAUCGGUGGGCGAGUGUACAGGAAGAACAUCAUUCACGAGCAGGUCCAGCAGCAGCAGGAGGAGGAGGACUUCUACACAGGGCCCAACGACUGUGCGGAUGAACCAUGCGAUGCCUUUGUGGUGGAAGAGACUGAGAAAGGUUUCCAGUGCAGAGUGGAGGUUCCCAGCCCCUUAUACAAGUACAUAAUAGGGAAGAAAGGAGAAACCAAGAAGAGACUAGAAACAGAGACUCGAACCUCGAUCAGCAUUCCCAAGCCUGGAGUGGAAGGAGAAAUUGUGAUUACAGGACAGCAGCGUGGCGCUGUCAUCUCGGCCCGGACACGCAUCGAUGUUCUUCUCGACAGCUUCCGUAAGAAGCAGCCCUUCACACACUUCCUGUCCUUUGCUCUCAACCAGCCCGUCAUCCAGGAGAAGUUCCUGCAGUUCAAGGAGGAGGUGCUAGAGAAAUGCUCACAGGAUCAUGGGGUCAGCAGCAGCCUGUUCCAGAACCCUGCAAAGCUCCACCUGACGCUGGGGACGCUGGUGCUGCUGAACGAACAGGAGAUCCAGAGAGCGUGUGACCUCCUGCAGCAGUGCAAAGAGGACUUUGUUGACCAAAUUACAGGAGGCAAGCCCCUGAGUGUGGAGGUGACUGGGGUGGAGUACAUGAACGACGACCCUGCCAUGAUGGAUGUCCUUUAUGCCAAAGUCCACAUGAAGGAUGGCUCAGACAAGCUGCAGGUGAUUGCUGAUCAGUUGGUGGAGAGGUUCGUAGCCUCUGGUCUGAUGCUUAGGGAAUGGGAUAGGGUGAAACUGCACGCUACUGUCAUGAACACACUCUUCAGGAAAGACCCAAGCGGUGCUGAAGAACGAAGCAGCACAGUGACUGGUAAAUCAUCCUUCAAGGAGAGGGAGUCGUUUAAUGGGCGAAACAUCCUCAAGGACGACUACAUCCGGAGCUGGGAGGACGGGCAGCCCCCGGAUGAAGGGGAGGACAGCACCAAGGACCCGUGCCAGAAGGUGAAGUGCAGUCGACACAAGGUGUGCGUGCCGCAGGGCCCGCAGCGCGCCGUCUGCGUCAGCCGCAAGAAGCUGGAGCACAGGAUCAAACAGCACGGGGGCUGCAGGCCGUGCCACGCCGCCCACCCGGCGCCCGUCUGCGGCUCCGACGGACACACGUACAGCUCUGCGUGCAAGCUGGAGCAGCAGGCGUGUCUGGCCGGCAAGCAGCUGACGGUGCGCUGCGAUGGGCACUGCCCCUGCCCCACCCCCGGCAGCACGCAGGAGCCAUGCACUGGGCAGGACCUGGCCGACCUGGGGGAGCGGUUGCGGGACUGGUUCCAGCUGCUGCGUGAGAAUGCCAAGCACAAUGCCUCCGGAGGGACCCCCGGCACCGCACUGGCGGCCGGCUGCAAGGAGGCGGUGGGGUGGAUGUUCGGGCGCUUGGACACCAGCGGGGACCGCGUCCUGGAGCAGCCAGAGCUGGCUGCCAUCAACCUGGACAAGUACGAGGCGUGCAUCCGCGCCUUCUUCAACUCCUGCGACACCUCCCGUGAUGGGCGCGUCACUGCCGCCGAGUGGUGCCUCUGCUUCUGGAGAGAAAAGCCGCCGUGCCUGCGGGAGCUGGAGCGGCUGCAGAUGCAGGAGGCAGCCAAGGCACAGCCUGGUGAGUCAGGGUCCCGGGGAGUCCUGGCCCUCCGAUGCGGCGGGGCUGGGGUGCUCUGUGCCAGGGGAGUCCGGGCACUGCACGUCUUCUGGGGUGCGUCGGGGGCCCGAUUUUCUGCAGGCACCUUCGUGCCCAGCUGUGAUGAGGACGGCUACUACCGGCGGGCACAGUGUGAGCCAGGCGGCGCGCAGUGCUGGUGCGUGGAUCCACAGCACGGCACCGAGCUGAGCGGCACCCGCUCCCAUGGUCAUCCCGAUUGUGAGGAUGCAGCGGGGUUUUCAGGAGACUUCGGCAGUGGCGUGGGCUGGGAGGACGAGGAGGAGAAGGAGCCUGAGGAAGCAACCGAGGAGGCAGAGGAGGAGGAGGCCGAGGCGGGUGAAGGAGAUGAUGGUGGCUACAUCUGGUAGAGGCUGGGGGAGGGGGCACGGCUGGGGGAGCCCGUCACCCCAUUGCCCCCCGGCACAGAGCGCAGGGGCAGCCCUUCGCUCCAAGCGGGACAGGGCUGUGGGGCGCUCGCCCGGGCGGGCCCCAAGGCGGGCGGGGGGUGAGCAGCGCGGGGCUGAGCUCGUGCCCCCCACCCCCCCGUUUGCGCUUUUUUUUGUUUUAUUUUUAAUUAAUUUUAUUUUUCGG